AUGGCUCUCCUCUACCGAAUUGGAGAACUCGAAGGUGUCUACAUCUUUAAACGCGCGCUUUGCGCAAAAUUAUUCCACCUGCAGAAUGUAAGCGACGUGUGGAUCUUGCCAGUACUGCCCGAAAAUCUGGUGAACAUCUUUCCCGAUCAAAGGUACCAGAAGACCUUCCAAGUAAACGUCGACAGAAGGAUCCUAUCGGGCGGCGUAAUGUUCAUCAAACUACGCACGAAUUCGAAGUCUAGUCUUUCGUUUUCGAUAGCCUACAAUCUGUCACCGAUAAACACCGAUACUGGCAUACCGUACGCCGCUGUCAUCUUAAUCGGCCUGUACAUCAUGAUCAUUUUCGAGAUCGUGCACAGAGCUUUGGCUGCCAUGCUGGCGUCCACAAUGUCCAUCGCGACACUGGCGGCUCUAAACGAGCGACCGACUAUGAACGAACUAAUUUCUUGGAUAGAUACAGACACACUGCUGCUAUUGUUCUCCAUGAUGGUGCUGGUUGCCAUCAUCGCCGAAACUGGGGUGUUCGACUGGCUGGCGGUUUACGCUUACAAAAUAACCGCCGGAAAAUUGUGGCCGCUGAUUAUGGCCCUUUGCUUCUUCACUGCGUUUCUGUCGUCGCUGCUGGACAACGUGACGACCGUCCUGCUAAUGACUCCAGUAACUAUUAGAUUGUGCGAGGUGAUGGAGCUAAACCCGGUGCCAAUCUUGACCGCCAUGGUGGUUUAUUCCAACAUCGGAGGUGCCAUGACCCCGGUCGGCGAUCCGCCGAAUGUUAUCAUCGCUUCUAAUAGAGAUGUUAAAGAUGCUGGAGUCGAUUUCGGUACGUUCUCGUUGCACAUGAGCGUCGGCGUGGUACUGGUGUUGAUAGUGGUCAGCGCGCAAAUUCGCUACAUUUUUCGAGACGUCACAGUUCUCAGGUUCGACGAGCCGCAAGACGUACAGGAAUUGAGGCACACGAUCGCUAUUUGGCAACGAGCGGCGGCCAGUCUGUCCAAUUACAGCAAGGACGAGAAUCUGGUAAGGGAAACGUUGCUGAAAAAGGUGCAACGUUUGUUAUCGCAGCUGAAGAAGAAAUUAAUCACAGGUAGCGCGGCGUUAGAGAAGUACAAAACCACGCUCGAGGAAUUACAGGAAAAGUAUCCCAUUAGGGAUAAAUGGUUGCUAGCAAAAUCGGGAUGCGUGCUUACCUUUGUGAUCACGCUCUUCUUCCUGCACAGUCUGCCUCAUUUAAAUCUGUCUUUGGGUUGGAUCGCUCUAGUCGGCGUUUUACUGCUUCUAAUAUUGGCCGAUAGUGAGGAUUUCGACGGUCUCAUGGCACGCGUUGAAUGGAGCACCUUGCUAUUUUUCGCAUCCUUGUUCAUUCUCAUGGAGGCUCUCUCGCGUUUGGGCCUCAUCACGUGGAUUGGUCAAAGAACUGAGUAUUUCAUUUUGUCGGUCAACGAGGAGUCUCGAUUAGCGGUUGCUAUAUUGUUGUUGCUCUGGGUAUCAGCUCUGGCUAGCUGCUUCGUCGACAACGUACCGCUCGCUACCAUGAUGGUGAGAAUCGCCACGAAUCUCGCCCAAAAUCGUGAACUCGAUUUGCCUAUGCAGCCUCUGAUAUGGGCACUGACGUUCGGGGCUUGUAUGGGAGGAAAUGGAACUUUGAUUGGAGCUACUGCCAACGUUGUUUGCAUGGGCGUCGCGGAGCAACAUGGUUACAGAUUCAGUUUCAUGCAAUUCUUCAGGGUAGGAUUUCCUAUCAUGCUAACGAGUACCAUAACAAUUAUGGUUUAUCUGAUAAUUGCUCACGUCGUCUUCGGUUGGAACGGAACAUAAAUAACAAGGACGUAUGAGUGAGGAUCUGUUUAAUGUACAAUGGUACUUGUACUCAUAAAUAUGUACUUAUUACAUAACUUUUUUAAGAGCAGAAUAUUCAUUACGCAAAAUUACUGAACAUGGUUCCGUAAAAUAUUAUAUAGAGAGCACAAAUCAAUAUGGACAAAGUCGU